CGGAAACUUGCCCUCUGUAAUGCGUUGUGACUUCCAAUUUUUGAGAUGAGUUGAGGAAUGAGAAAAUUGUGGUAAACGAACACCUUUGAAAAAACAACCAACCGAAUUCUAGAGAAAUCUCAUCAAAUCCACAAGAUAUUCGCAUUUAUUCAUCCGGGUUUCAAAUUUCUAGAUUGAAAUUGAAAUCUUCCAGAGUUUCUUAAAGAAAUUAGGGCCUUCUUCUCUCUUUCAACCCAGAAGAAGGCUCUGUUUCUUUUGAGCAGUAGAGAUUGUUGUGGGUGUUCUGGAAGAUGUUUCGGUUUUCGAUAGCAGCUCUUCAAUUGAUCGAGCUAUUCACCAGUUCUUUGGUUCAUUUAUUGUUUGGGUUAUACAUUUUUAGCUCUGCAGUCGCCGGUGAUCUUUCAUUAGCUUUGAACGAUCUGUUUUUCAAGUCAAAUGUUGAACCAUCAAUCCGGGAUGAACAGUUUAUCGGGUCUCCAGCCGCUGAUAAUGAUCUGCCCCCCAUUGUGUUGGUUCAUGGAAUUUUUGGAUUUGGAAAAGGGAGAUUAGGGGGGUUGUCUUAUUUUGCUGGGGCAGAAAAGAAGGACGAGAAGGUUUUGGUGCCUGAUUUGGGUUCAUUAACCAGUAUUUAUGACAGGGCUAGAGAAUUAUUCUAUUACUUGAAAGGCGGCCAAGUUGAUUACGGUGAAGAACACAGCAAGGCUUAUGGGCAUUCCCAAUUUGGAAGAACAUAUGAACAAGGACAUUAUCCUAUAUGGGACGAAGAUCAUCCAAUUCACUUUGUUGGGCAUUCUGCCGGAGCUCAGGUGAUACGAGCUUUGCAGCAAAUGUUGGCGGAUAAGGCGUUCAGGGGACACGAAAAUACUUCUGAAAGUUGGGUCUUGAGUGUUACGUCAUUAUCCGGUGCCUUCAAUGGAACCACACGAGCUUACUUGGACGGAAUGCAGCAAGAUGAUGGGAAAUCCAUGAAAUCGAAAUCGGGGAUAUGGGGACUUAUUGAUUGUCUUGUUGGAAACUCUGGCCCUUUUACUUCUGGUGACUGGAUCCUUCCAGAUCUUACAAUCCAAGGAGCUAUGCGUCUCAACAGCCGUCUUAACACCUUUCCUAGCACCUACUACUUUAGUUACGCGACAAAACGUACUAAAAAAUUCAUGGGUUUUACUGUUCCUUCCAACAUUCAAGGAGUCCACCCGUUGCUUUUCAUCAGAGUCUUGCAGAUGAGUCAAUGGAAGCACCCACCAGAUGUUCCUCCCCCUUUCAAGGGCUACAGGGAUGAAGAUUGGUGGGAUAAUGAUGGCGCACUAAAUACCAUUUCUAUGACUCACCCCCGUAUCCCGGUUGAACACCCUAGUCGUUUUGUUGUUGAAGAUUCUGAAUGUCAACCCUUGCAAACAGGCAUCUGGUAUUACAAGAUAGUGGAAGGCGAUCAUAUACUUUUCAUAGUGAAUCGUGAAAGAGCAGGAGUGCAAUUUGAUGUGAUAUACGACAGUAUAUUUGAGCGCUGUAGGAAACAUGCAUUUAGAAAGGUUCCCACAAUGCCAGAUCAUGCUAAUUCAGGAAAUUAGGGGUAUAGAUUUGUGUUUGUCUGCGACACAAAUGUUGUUGCAAAUGAUACCUACCAACUGCUGUUGUUGUUGUACAGCAAUAGAUUCAUGAAGAUUUAUGUAUGUGUUCGCCGUCUUCUUGUAUUGUAUUACACAACUGAUAUGCUUCGUGCUAAUGAUGUAACCGU